CGAGCCCUUCCUCGCGGAUCCCCGUGCUGGCGGGCGCCCCGCUUCUGCACCCGGAGCUCCCGGUGGCACUCCCGCCCCGCCCCGCGCCGCCCCAGGGGCCGCCCCGCGCUCGGUUCCCCCCCGGCCUCUGGCCCGCGGCACCAGGCCCUCGCUUUCCCGGUCCGGCCGGCAGCCCGCCGCGCGAGCACCAUGCUCUUCUACUCCUUCUUCAAGUCCCUUGUGGGCAAGGAUGUGGUCGUGGAACUCAAGAAUGACCUGAGCAUCUGUGGGACCCUCCAUUCUGUGGAUCAGUAUCUCAACAUCAAACUUACUGACAUCAGCGUCACAGACCCUGAGAAAUACCCUCACAUGUUAUCAGUGAAGAAUUGCUUCAUCCGGGGCUCAGUGGUCCGCUAUGUGCAGUUGCCUGCAGAUGAGGUGGACACGCAGCUACUACAGGAUGCAGCGAGGAAGGAGGCCCUGCAGCAGAAACAGUGAUGCGACGACUCCACCCCUUUUCUCUUCCAUUGGUGAUCCUUGACCUGGGGUCCCAGCCCAGGACCCCUCCUUCAUACUUGAGAUGUUGUGUUUAUUGUUUUUCAAUAUUGAAGGCGCUUUUUUUUUUUUAAAGGGGGUGGGGGGGAGAUGAGUAGAUGAGAGGACUAAUUAGUGGGGAGCAGCCAUCCUCGGUGAGAAGGGAAGAGAAGGGAAGGUACGUUGUCUGGGGAACUGCAGUGUUCCUGGUCCCCAGCACCUGCCUUUCCUCCUUCCCCAGAGAUGCUGGGAGAAUCUAGACCUCUCCGGGGCGGCCUGUGACUCACUUGGGGAUGGAAGGACUCUGUCCCGCAUCGGGAAUAAAGUGUUGGUGCACA